AUGCCGAGCUUGAUCCGUAAACUACUCAUCUUCGCGGCUGUAGACGGCCUCAUUCUCCAGCCGUACGGGAAUGGCUCACGGCAUAACGGCGGCAAAAAUGACUCUUCAUCGAUCCGCAUCGAGUACAAGACGAGCAAGAUUUCCUCACUUCCGACAUCGGCGUUGUCGGAUGAGAUUGAGGAGAAACAGCAGAAUGCUGGGUUGGAGGCUUACGGAUUAGUUGGUCUCUUAUCCGUUGCACCGCACUCGUUCCUUAUCCCGAUCACUCAACGGCAACAAGUUGCUCAGAUACAAGGAAACCCAAUCUAUACUGUUAAAAACAUCGCCCUGAUUCCUACGUCGUCACACGCAGAUGCCGUCCGCGCAAUUGCACAAGCCAAGGAACAUCUCUUGAAGGAUGGGGCUAGUGACCUCGAGACCGAGGACGAUGACGACGAUGGCAGCAGUAUAGCAGACACGGACACGGAUGCAGGCGAGGAUAUCAGCACCACGGUGCCGGACUUGGAUUCUCAUCAUACUACAGGGCCAUCAUCGCAUGCACGAGGUCGGAGUAUCACUAGUAUUGCGGAAGAUGUGCUUGGGAAGAACGUGCGGUUUGGGAGGUUUGCGGCGAGUUGGUUGUCUAGGAAAACCUUGGGAUUACCCGGAUUUGGGACUGUGGAUCGGGAUACUACGGAGAUGUUACUGGGGAAAGACAGUCAUCAUGUCAAGGAUGCCCCGAAAAGUCACUCUGUGCUCGGCAAGGAAGCGAAAGUCGAGGAAGAUACAGCUCUGGAUGAGAAGGAGCAGACUCCAUUGCCAGAACCUGGUGUUUUGCAAUCGUCCGACCAUAUGAUGGAGUUGCUGCCCAAGUUGCUUCGUUAUGUGAAGCUGUUGUUUGCUUCUUCGCAGAAUUUCUUCUUCUCGUAUGAUUAUGAUAUCACGCGGCAUGUUGGUGCUCAGGAGCCACGAAAUGGUCAUCGUCCAUUGCAUACGGUUGUGGAUCCAUUGUACUUUUGGAAUAAACACCUCAUCUCCCCAUUUAUCGAGAUCGAUGCUCAUAACUAUGCUUUGCCAUUGAUGCAGGGGUUCGUUGGUCAGAGAGAAUUCACGGUAGCGGCCCCCGAAUCUCCAUCUCCAGAGACAAAGAAAGGAACAAAUGAGCACACGGAAGGUCAGAUCUUAGGCAACAAGGAGGAAGUCAAAGAGCUAGAGCCUGAGGCUCAUAAAUGGGAUUUUCUCCUUACCUUGAUCUCUCGACGAUCAAUCAAACGACCUGGUCUACGGUAUUUACGCCGUGGUGUUGACGACGAUGGAAACACCGCCAAUACCGUGGAGACAGAGCAGAUCCUCUCUGUGCCUGACUGGGAUACUUCCAGGAAUAUCUAUACAUAUCUUCAAGUACGCGGGUCUAUUCCGCUGUAUUUCUCCCAGUCGCCGUAUGCGUUUAAGCCGGUUCCUGUCCUUCAUCACUCGACGCAGACUAAUCAGGUCGCUUUCGAGAGACAUUUCCGGGAUAUGAGUCGGCGAUACGGGAAGGUUCAAGCAGUCUCACUUAUCGAUAAGCAGGCUGGAGAGUUGAAGGUCGGUGAACAGUAUAAGAAAUAUGUCCAGUCUUUGAAUGAGUCUGGGGGAAUUGAUGGUACGCCCCUUGGUCUGGAAUGGUUUGAUUUCCACAAUGAAUGUCGCGGGAUGAAGUUUGAGAAUGUGAGCCGUCUUGUACAACGACUGGAUACAACUUUAAAUGAGUUCGGUUAUACUGUUGUGCGAGAUAACCAAGUCCGUCAGGGCCAGGCAGGUAUCGUCCGGACGAACUGCAUGGAUUGUCUUGAUCGUACGGGCGUUUCCCAAUCUGCCUUCGGCCAAUGGAAUUUGGAACGUCAAUUGAAGAAAGAAGGCAUCGACGUGGACCUCGGCGGUAACUCAGCAUCACAAUGGUUCAAUACACUCUGGGCAGAUAACGGAGAUGCCAUCUCGAAACAAUACUCGUCCACCGCAGCCCUGAAAGGCGAUUAUACGCGGACCCGAAAGCGGGAUUACCGUGGUGCACUCAACGAUCUCGGCCUGACACUAUCCCGAUAUUUCAACAACAUCGUCAACGACUACUUCUCUCAAGCUUGCAUUGACUACCUCCUCGGUAAUGUCUCGACACAGGUUUUCCCUGAAUUCGCCAUGGAAAUGCAAACCGCAGACCCAGGUAUCUCGAUGCAGAAACUGCGCCAGAACGCCAUCGAUACAAGCUGCAAGAUCGUCAUCAGUGAGCAAUCCGAGGAGUUCCUCGGUGGAUGGACGAUGCUCAGUCCGCGGCAACCGAAUACACUACGAACGUUACCAUUUGAGGAAUCGGUCAUGCUUCUCACAGAUGCAGCGGUCUACAACUGCCGCUUUGACUGGGACACCGACAAGGUGACUUCUUUCGAACGAAUCGACCUAGAGACCAUCUCCCGCAUCAACUAUGGCACGUACAUCACCUCCGUCCUAACAGAUAACCAAGUCGACGAGCGCAGCAAUGUCGGUCUGGUAAUUGUUUAUCGCGAGGGAGACGACAGUGCGAAUAUCCGCCGCGUGAACACUAGAACCGUUCAAACUCAGGUUGAUCCCAGCAUUGUCGAGCCACCUCCUCCCACGGCCGCCGCUACUGGUAAUGAUGAAUGGGACAUAGCUUCAUGGUUCACGGGCAACAAACAACCAGCCACUCGGUUUUUGGCAUUCAAAGCCCUCCCGCUCCAUAACUCAGUGACAGAGAGUAUAGCCGCGAGGCGGGGAUCUGCGACUGUUACCGAGACCGAUUGGGUACGGUGUAUCUGUGAGGAAAUCGAGCGUGCCACACGAGCCAAACAACCUAGCGAUCAACAGCAGAAGCAGGAUAACGAAGGUGAUGAAGAUGGACAGGAGCGACAGCUAGUGGAGAAAACAGAUAUCGUCUCAUUGGAAGAGGCGAAAAAGAGGACGGGGAUUCUGGAGCAUUUGAUUUACGACUUGAAGAAGUUUGUUUGGGCUUAG